AAUUAAUUGAAGUUUAAGUGAGCCACGGAAAGAAAGCCUUAAAUCAUGCGGCGAAGAUAAAAACAUGACUGAAGAGGCUGUCACGCAUGCCUACAUUCUGGUGAACACGGAUCUGGUGAACAUAACCUUGUAUUGGGUGAACGAGUCGAGCAGUGCAGCGCCUACGGUAGCCAGGAGGGCAGCGACGGGCAGCACGGGCAUCAGCGAUGCUAUAGUGCCCAUGUACGUGGUGAUCUUCCUGCUAGCAGUCGUGGGGAACGCCCUAGUCGUGGUCACCUUGGUACGGAACAAACGGAUGAGAACCGUCACCAACGUCUACCUGCUCAAUCUAGCAGUAUCCGACCUACUUUUAGGAGUGUUCUGUAUGCCUUUCACACUGGUGGGCCAGGUUCUGAGAAACUUCAUAUUCGGAAGCACAAUGUGCAAACUUAUUCCAUAUUUCCAAGCAGUGUCGGUGUCAGUAGGAGUGUGGACGCUUGUGGCCAUCUCCCUGGAGAGGUACUUCGCCAUAUGUCGCCCACUCAAGUCUCGACGAUGGCAGACCCAGUUCCACGCGUACAAGAUGAUUGCGGUAGUUUGGAUGUCGAGCCUGGCGUGGAACAUGCCGAUCCUGCUAGUUUCGAGGCUUCAAGCGAUGCGAGCCGGGAGACACAAGUGUCGCGAAGACUGGCCGUCCCCCGCUAGUGAGAGGGUAUUCAACAUCUUCCUGGACAUGAUCCUUCUGCUCAUCCCCCUGGUCAUCAUGACCCUCGCCUACUCCCUCAUAGUGUCCAAACUGUGGAAGGGGCUGCAGAGAGAGAUUAAACACAACUCUUCCUGUCGUCGACGACUGGAGAGAACCAGCAGUUCUGCCACCAUGAAUGACGCUGUAGUAAUCAACAACAACACGACAGGCCUGCGACAACACAGGUUGUUGCCGCCGCCUUUGCCAAGAUCUGCAGCGCAGUUCCAAGUCACGUCUACAGAUGCGUACGCCGCCACGCUCAACCUCUGGCUCUUCAAGUUGAGAGUACCGAAGGCGCUGCAGAGAUCUCCGCGGUCGCCGGUAGCUGUUCCUCUAGUCACCAGCACAGUGACGACCCCGGUGGUCGAACCUACCCCUACCAGCACUGGGGAUGACGACGAGACCACUUACACAUUCAGUAGACACGCCAUCCGGUCCAACUACAUGGACAAGAGCAUCGAGGCUAAGAAAAAGGUGAUUCGCAUGCUGUUCGUGGUGGUGGCAGAGUUUUUCGUCUGCUGGGCGCCCCUACAUGUUCUCAACACAUGGUACCUGUUUUACCCAGAGACUGUGUACAAGUACGUCGGAAGCACAGGCGUUUCGCUAGUACAGCUGUUGGCUUACAUCAGCUCCUGUUGCAACCCCAUCACUUACUGCUUCAUGAACCGGAAGUUCCGACAAGCCUUCCUUGCCAUUUUCAACUGGUACAAAUGGAGAGGAUGCUGUGGGGUCAAGGCCCCAGUGGACGCUAACGGGUGUCCCCUGGACAGGCUCGGCGAGGGAUGUGGAACUGUCGGACCAAACAACUCAGAACUGUCCGGCAACGACUCUACCAUCUACAUGGGGCGGGGGUGCAGAUCUGAAGUAGUUGUGCUAGAGACGGAGGAGCGUGUUUAGCAGCGGCUGCUACGAUCCUGUCGACGACGAUUCCUUCUUGUACCGGGUCACCUGGAAAGACCGCCGCCC